AUGACUGCAUUCUUCGUCGCCAAUUUGUUGCUCGGCCUUUCAUCCCUGGCAACCUCCGCAAACCUCACUCAGGUCUUCGAGUGGCCGGAUGGAUUCGAUUACGACUGGCCCUCGGAGAAAAUCAAGACACAGGCCUUGGGUGGUGAAACGUUCAAACCAGAGAACAUCAAACCUCGUUUCAUGGCUGUCUACGGCGAAAGGAUCUUCCUCAGCCUUUAUAGAUAUGGCGUUCCGGCAACUCUGGUGUCUUUCCCGACGAGCACCGCGUCCUCUGCACCGCCGAAGCUCACUCCGUUCCCUUCGUGGGACAUGUAUCUUAAUGAAUCGGGAAACUGCGACAAGAUCGACCGGGCAGCAGGGAUGCAAGUGGACUCGGUUGGACGGCUGUGGGUGCUCAACGUGGGGAACUCCAAUUGCAAUGGCAAACUUUUGGAGAAAAAUGAAUCUCGGAUCGUUGACACGGAAGAAAAAGACGUUUGUUCCAUCGCCUUGUCCCCUAAAUGUGAACUGAGACAGCUCUACUUCAGCACAUUCCACUCCAAUGAAUUGUAUUCAAUUCCCGUCGCCACACUCCGCAACGGAACUGGAACUUCAAAUCCGGAACUAAUCGGAAACUGGACCGAAAUUAGUGCGUAUAGGAUGCUGAUGGACAUGCACAGGACCAUGUAUGCCACCUUUAUGUGGAUGGAUUACAUUUCCUCGUGGAACACUUGUCAGCCAUUUCAGCAGCAGCGUUUUUAUCAGGUCCCCGGAUUGGACUUUGUUUGGCCAUUUACUCUUUCCUUGGACCAAAAUGGAACUUUUUGGGUGAUGGUGCCUUUUGAUGAAAGGAAGCCAAAGCUUUUGAAGGCUGCAAAAUCAUUUGAGGGCUCGCCAGAAUGCAGCACUUUGAGUACCAAGAAUGAUGCUGCCUAAGGUCUGAAGAGUGCCUUUGCAAGGACGGUUGGAAGAACCCAGCCUGGCUGCAGUCACGGCACCUAUAGCUGCGACCAACCCUGGGAGAUAGAGUACCUGCCUGCCCGACUUCCGUGCAAAGCUCUGUGACAUCAAAAAAGUAGAGUCGAGUAGCGAUUUUAGUUUGAUAUUAAAUGUUUUUGGG